AUGGCUUCAGAACUCGCAACUCGCCUCGGCGACCUCAACCCCUUCUCGUCCAAAAGCCGCCGCAUCAACGAUGAAGAUUUCGGCGAGGAGAUCGACAACAACACCGUCGCGGGCGGCGGCCACAGCGCACGUCGCAUGGUAACAGACCUCAGAGUCAGCAGCGCCCUACGAGAGUUCCUCGUUAAAGAGAAGAUGCUCUCCAAAAAGGAAGCCAAGAUUGACUCUCAGGACUCGUCGCGUGAGCUCUUGGAACUCGUUAGCAAACCGCAUAUUCGCGUACCGCCUGAACUCACGGAUAGGUCGCAUCCGCUGCCCGAGUACUUUAUCAGCUCGAGCCAUAAUACUUAUCUUAUGGCGCAUCAGCUUUAUGGGUCUUCGUGCGCGACUGCGUAUGAGAGUGCGAUUAGGACGGGGGCGAGAUGUGUCGAGAUUGAUGUGUGGGAUAACAGCGAUGAUAGAGAUGAGCCCAAGGUCACCCAUGGAUAUACUCUAGUAUCCCACAUUUCGUUUCGUUUGGUUUGUGAGACGAUUCGAAACUCUGCGGAUCAAGAAGCCGUUGAUGCGCAAAAGUAUGGCUUCAGAGCUUCGCCUAUUCUUCUGUCGCUGGAGAACCAUUGCGAUGCGUAUGGCCAGAUGCGCAUUGUCAAUAUUAUGCAGGACGUUUUUGGAGAUCGUCUUUUGAGCAAGGCCGUUAGGCAUAUUGGCCACGAGGAGCAAGCUGGUUCCGAUCAACAUGUGAAGCUGGAGGAUUUGGGGGCAAAGAUUGCUGUUAUUGUUGAGUAUCACUUUACAGAUGAGCCUUCAAGCAGCGAUAGCAACUCGGAUGACUCGGAAGACGAGGAGGAGGAAAAGGCUGCGCGCAAGGCGUAUAAGGAUAAGAGAAAGAAGGAGGAGCCCUCUAUCAUUAUUCCAGAGCUCGCUGAGCUCGGCGUCUACGCGCAGUCUGUCAAGCCAAUGAACAACUCAUGGUUCGAAGAAGGAAGCCUCACCAAUGGUCCUCAUCACCAUCUCAUCAACGUAUCUGAAUCAGGGCUGGCAUCUCAUCUGCCCGAGCACGCAUCAAAUAUCGCCCGACACAAUGCCCAUCAUCUCAUGCGCGUUUAUCCCAAGGGCACGCGAAUCUCAUCCACCAAUCUCAAGCCCGUUCCUUACUGGGGAAUCGGUGCUCAGAUCUGUGCGUUGAACUUGCAGAACUUUGGUACCAGCAACCAACUCAACGAAGCUCUCUUCAGCGGUACAGACGGCUACGUCCUCAAGCCCGCUGCUCUGCGCGCCGGUGGAAACGGAAGACUGAGUACAGGUCGCAGCAAGCGUCUCCGUCUUCACGUCGCAGGCGCAACAGACAUCCCUCUGCACGGCGACUCAGAAGCAGACUCCAUCAAGCCUUAUCUCACAUGCACGCUGUACCACCCUGAUAACAUCAAAGGGGACCCUCCCAAGCGCAAGACAGAGCCGUAUAAGCAGCACAAGCUUGAAUUUCUUCACAGAGGACCAAACCCGCCCCCAACAGAGCCUCUUUGGGAUGAGACGUUGACGUGGGAGUAUGAAGAUAAUGAGAUGACUUUCCUGCGUAUGCUUAUCAAGAGUGAUGAUAGUUGGACGAGGAACCCGAUGUUUGCUGUUGCAGCGGUGAGAUUGCUUUAUGUUGAGCCGGGAUGGAGAUUUAUUCGCAUGUUGGAUCUUAAGGGGCAUGAGACGCAGUGUUCGGUUCUUGUGAACUUUGAGAUCAUUGAUGCUUAG